UUAUGAAUCACGCUGAGCAUGAUUAUAAAUCGCGCUGCAGCGUAGUUGUCAACAGUUACGUCUGAUAAUUCUUUGAGUGUGGUUAAAAAACAGUUUAAGGUAAUUACGGAUGGCACUUAUGUUCUUUUUAUUCAUUGUACUUGGCUUUGCAUCGUAUGAAGGGUAUGCUCAAGCUGAACCAGUAACCAGUGUUGUGAUAGAUAAUACAGAAAACCCAAUCACAAUACGUGAUGGAGAAACCCUGACUAUCUCCUGCUCCGUCUAUGACAUAAGGCCGUCCGCAAAUGUAUCAUGGGUAAUAAAUGGUGAAGUAAUUACUGAAGGAAUCUCUCAUAACGUAACGGAGGAUGGUGACGGUUUCGAUACAACGAGUGUCCUGUAUAUGGUGGUUACCUCUGACUAUGAUCAGAAGGAUCUCAUUUGUAGAGCGCGAAAUGAUGAAAAUGAAAUAAAUACAUAUGUAAACAAAUCAGUAACCCUAGAUGUAACAAAUGAAUCAUCUGGACCUAAUAAAGGCAUGAUUGGUGGAUUGGUUGGUGCAGCCUCUGGUGUUACUGUGGUUAUGAUAAUCAUUAUUUCACAAACAAAGAAAUACAAAUCUGGUAAAUGUAAGCAUAGCUCAUCAAGUGAAAAAGCUCAGACUGCAUAAUCAACGUUUUGACUAUAUUUAGAAUGUGUCAGGAAACGAUAGUGACCACUGACAUCAAAUUCCUGGAAAAUCUUAGAACAAUGUUUUUAUUCUUGACUUUGUAUUUGCAAAUUCAAACCCAGCCAGACGUUAUCAUACUAUUUGUAUUGAACAAUUUGUCUAAUAUAUAAUUAAAAUUGGUUGUCGUAAUAAUAA